AUGGACAUUGCAAUUUUAGACGUAAAUGAUAAUUCACCCACAUUCACAAGCACGUCUCAGAUGAUCAACAUUAGCGAAAGUAUUGUAGCAGGAACUAAAUUCCCGUUGCAUUCAGCUCAUGAUGCAGACGUAGGAAAAAAUUCAGUGAGUACCUACAGACUGAGUCAGAAUGAACAUUUCUCUCUACUAACACAAAAAGGAGAAAAAAUAACUCCAGAACUGGUGCUUCAGAAAAUGCUAGAUAGAGAAAAACAGUCUUUGAUUCGGUUCAUAGUGACGGCUGUUGAUGGAGGAACACCAGCUAAAUCAGGUAGCAUGACAAUAAUAAUAAAUGUUUUGGACAACAAUGACAACCCUCCAGCAUUCAGUCAAGCUUUAUACAAAGCAAAGGUGUACGAGAAUGUAAAAAUAGAGACAUUAAUAAUAAGACUAAAUGCUACAGAUUUAGAUGCAGGACAAAAUGCACAACUAAUUUAUUCAUUCAGCGAGGUAAGUGGGAAAGAGACAGAUCUCUUUGCUAUAGAUGAAAAUACAGGAUAUGUGACAAAUAAAAAGAAUAUAGACUUUGAAGAGAAUAAUGCAUUUGAACUUAGAGUACAAGUCAGAGAUCAAGGCUACUCACCUCUCACCUCGCAUGCUAAAUUGCUUAUUGAAGUUUUAGAUGUGAACGACAACGCUCCUGAAAUUACAGUUACCACAUUGUUAAAUACAGUGAAAGAGGAUGCAACCAUUGGCACAGCGAUUGCUCUUGUUUCAGUGCUUGAUAAAGAUAGCAGUAAAAAUGCUAUAGUGAACUGCAAAAUUUCCAAUAAUGUUCCUUUUAAACUAGAGUCAAACUAUAGGAAUUACUAUUCUUUAAUCGUGGAUGGAGCUCUGGACAGAGAAAAAGUGCCACAAUAUGAAAUUAGCAUCACAGCUAAAGAUGAGGGCAGCCCACCUCUCUCCAGCACAACUGUGGUUCUUGUUCAUGUCUCUGAUGUAAAUGAUAACAGACCUCAUUUCACAGAAGAUAAUAUAAUCAUCUUUAUAAAAGAAAACAGUCCAGCAGAAACAGUUAUUAAAAAAGUGUCUGCAGUGGAUGCAGACAUUGAUCAGGAAUGGUCAAGUUAGUUAUUCCCUUUUACAUGAUUAUAGUAACCAGCUGUCUGUAAGAUCAAUGAUAAACAUCAACUCAGAGACAGGAGAAAUAAUCAGUCUGCAGUCUUUUAACU